CGGUCUAAGUCCAAUCUCUCGCUUCCACCGAAAUGCCACUUGAGCUUGCAAAAGUUUUCAAAUGUCACAAAUACUUGUAAAUCACAAAAUCAAAGGUGAACAUGCAAUACAAGUCACUUUUCGAUAAAAUUGAGUUUUUGAGGUAACUCAGGAGUUCGAAAUGGGGAAAUUUUUCGAAGAAAAUCUAAGUAUUCGGAGAUUUAGUACCACAAAACUCCAUUUAGUCUUCAUAUCGAUUUCAAAUAUGUUAUUCCUUUCAACUGAAUAAUUGUAUAUUCGCGAGAAACUAGCCAGAUAUCGAUUCAAAAGGUCAUUCUUUCUAUUACAGUAAAACUAACAGUAAAAAUACGCGGGUGUGAGUGUGAGUUUGGGUGUCAGCAUUCAUUGGAUUCACACCCACACCCACACCUGCACCCACACCCACACCCACAAUUAAAAACAUUUAAAAUUUUAUUGUUUAAAAGAUUUUAAACAAAAUGCAAUACAAAGAAACAAAUUGAUUAUUGAAGAAGGAAAAGUAUGAUCGAUUCUUUUCUGCUAUCGUAAAACAUUACUUAUUGAUUAUAUAUAUAUAGUGAAUCUAAAGAAGUUUUUAUAUAUAAUAAAUUUUUUGAUUGUUCCUGUUCUCUAUCAUCUAAGUGGCAUCAGUUUUGAAUAGUAACAAUAAUUUUCUUGUGAAAAAUAUUAAUUUGUUAACUGAAAUCACAUAAGUAGAUAUAUGAUAUUAGCGAAGAGAAUGCUUUAGCCUGUUAUUUACAGCGCUUUCGAAAUCCAGCGUACAAUUAUGAAAAUUAGUUCUAUUCGCUUGAAAUCUUCGCUAUUCUAAAAAUUCCUUCUUUUCAUCGUGGCAACUUCGUUCUGGAAGUCUUCCUUCAUAUAUUGAGUGUUUCACAUUAAACGAACUGAUAAGAUCUUUAGUAAUAGAGUCACAUCAAAAGAAUAUGAUUUUGCAUAUACGAAGAACAAUCUGAUUAGCACCUGUUAGUAGAAUAGUUCCAUAGUGAAGUGCAAUAUCAAAUACAUAAAAUACAUAUAUUAUUAGAAAAAUUGUUCUUCGCUUGUCGCAAAGUCCAAUCGAUAAGACAAGUUUUAAAAAAUGCCACAUUGACACGAAGACUUGUUACAAUACUCAGGUGUGCUACCUUAUCAAAUUUUUGUUUUCUUUUAACCAAAUUGGUUUCAUAAGUUGAAUCAUUCAUUAAGAUUGAAGGCAUCAUCUGUAACUGAAACAGAAAUGAAUAUAAGUAGAUUGAGGAACGAGUUAAUAUAUGUCCAUUUUUUCCUUUCUUCUUAUGUGAUAAAUCAAGGUCAAUCAUGUAGACAAAGAUGAAUCCGUUCUCUAUCAUUGAUCCAAGUACCGAUGAAAAAAUUUGUCAAGUAGAAGAAGGCACAAAAGUAUUAAUAUAUAUAUACAUAUACACACAUGAUUAUUUUCGUUCUACGUGUAAUUUUUAUUGUUUUCAAUAUUGUAGAGUGAUCUUGAUAAAGCAAUUGAAGCUGCUGAAAAAGAUUUCCAAUAUGAUUCACCAUGGCGUAAGUUAGAUCCUGCUGCACGUGGUCAGUUAAUUCAUAAACUUGCUGAUUUACUUCCACGUGUUGUGGACUAUUUAUCAGCUGGUUUUCCACCAGGUAUUAUUAACAGUGUAUUAGUCGAUGUUGCUGCUCGAACGGCUCAUAGAGCAGUUUUCACUCAUGCAGGUCAAGUAUGUUUUGCUGCAUCAAGAAUAUUUGUUCAUUCCACACUUCACGAUGCCUUUGUAUCUAAAAGUGUCGAAUUAGCAAAGAAACGUAUUAUUGGUGAUCCAUUUGAUUCUACAACUGAACGAGGACCAUAG